GUAAAAAACUAUCAGACUGAAAAUAGUUUGCCGAAAGAAGGUCUAUUGAUAUUGGAUAAUGCAACAUGUCAUAGGGAGCCGUUGACAUCUGAAUGUGGACAAUAUAAAACUAUGUUUCUCCCUCCAAAUUGUACUAGCAUUAUCCAACCUAUGGAUCAAAAUGUGAUACGCCUGACUAAACUUUAUUACAAAAAAGACCUCUUGUGUGAAUUGGUCAAUUCUGAAUCAGACAGUACUGACAUUUUUUUGAAACAAUUCAGUAUGUACGACGCUUGUGAAUUGCUUAAGCGAUCUUGGAACAGGGUAUCGGAUUCCACUCUAAAGUCCUGUUGGAAAAAUAUUCAUACGCAGAGAUGGGCUUCAGAAGAUAACAUUCCAUUGUCAGUCUUACAACAAGAAUUACCAGAGAGUGACCUUUCGGCUCGUUUUGAAGAAAUUGAAGAAUUUCGUGCAAUCACAAAUUUAUUUCGCCGCAAUACUGACGUGGAACUUUCUGAAGAUGAAGUUCUUGCCUGGAUUAAUGACUCUGGCAGUAGUGUGGUUGCAUAUAGUAGCUCAGAAUUGAUUACAGAAGACGAAGAAGCAGAAUCUAAUAUGAUUAAGCGCGUUAAAAAUCGUGAAGCUGUACAAGCUUUAAAUACAAGUAUAGAUUGGGCAAAGCAACGAGGCAUAGACACUGAUCAAAUAUUAGUACUCAAGGAAAUGCGUAAUAAAGCUUUAGAAGCAUGUGUAUUGCAACAGAAACAAACUUGCAUCACAAAUUUCGUUAGAAAAAAACAUCAUAAAAAAUAA